AAAAAGAAAAGAGAGUGGGUGUGUGUAAAAAUAGAGAAUGAUGAGUUGCUUUCCGUGUUUCUCGUCUCAGAAGAGCAAGAAAGGGAUCGAUAAGAAUAACAAUAACGACAGUUCAGGCUCUUCUUCCUCCGGCCACCGUACUCCUCCUCCGCCCCCCAAGUCCCCUGAGGUUACCACCAAAUCAAAGCCUGCUGAGGAAAUCAAGGACAAACAACAAGAAGGUGAAAAAAUAGAUGCCCAGACCUUCACUUUCAGAGAGCUAGCCACUGCUACGAAGAAUUUCCGACAGGAAUGUCUUUUGGGUGAAGGUGGGUUUGGGAAGGUCUUUAAGGCUACCCUUCAACCAAGUGGCCAGGUGGUAGCUGUGAAGCAGCUCGAUAGAAAUGGGCUACAAGGAAACAAGGAGUUUCUUGGUGAGGUUAAGGCAUUGAGCCUUCUGAAGCAUCCAAAUCUUGUGAAGUUUAAUGGAUAUUGUGCAGAUGGAGAUCAAAGAAUUUUGGUGUAUGAAUAUAUGCCAGGAGGUUCUUUGGAAGAUUGUCUCUUUGCCAUAAAAGAGAAUCGAAAGCCAAUGGAUUGGUUUGUUCGUAUAAAGAUAGCAUCAGGGGUUGCAAAUGGAUUGGAAUACCUGCAUGACCAGGCGGAUCCUCCCAUAAUAUUUAGAGACUUGAAGUCAUCAAACAUCUUGCUAGAUGAAGAUUUCAAUCCAAAGCUUUCUGAUUUCGGGCUAGCGAAGCUUGGCCCCGGUGGUGAUAAGUCGCCAUUGCCGUCAAGGGUCAUGGGGACCUACGGCUACUCUGCUCCUGAAUACACAAGAGGUGGUCAGCUCACUUCCAAGUCUGAUAUUUACAGCUUUGGAGUUGUUAUGCUUGAACUCAUUACUGGAAGAAAAGCCAUUGACACUACAAAGCCAAAUAACGAGCAGAAUCUUGUUACUUGGGCACAACCAUUUUUCCGAGAUCCAAAGAGAUUUCCAGACCUGGCCGAUCCACUCCUUGGGCGGUUGUUCCCGGAGAAAGAUCUGAAUCAGGCCGUGGCCGUCGCCGCCAUGUGUCUACAAGAGGAAGCAGAAGUCCGUCCUCUGAUCGGCGACGUCAUGACAGCUCUCAGUUUCCUUUCCACAGUUCCGGACGAGAAUCUCCGUCCACUCCCUUAUCCGCCGGAACCAGAACCAGAACCAGAACCUGAGGAGGAAAAUCGAGACGAUGAUUCCUCUUCAGAAUCUUCAGAUUCCGAUACCGAAUCUCGAAAGAUCGGGAAGGACAAAGACUGCGCAUCUGCAAAUUUCACAAGCGCAAGAAACCACGAAACAGAUACCUCCUCAGAUGAUGAAGACGAAGGAGAAAAAGAAAACAUCAAGUCAAGCAAAAAAAAACCGAAAAACAAAGAAUCUGAACAGAAAAGAGUGGUAUUCAAAGACGACAUACAGCCACCAGCUCCAAAUCACACUAGAAAAAAUAGCUCCUCAUCAAGCGAUGGAAGCUCUUCACCUAGAAGCAGCAACGCAUCCGAAAAUAGAAGAAUCGACAGCCUUGAAAGUAUCAGAGAUUCAGAAGGAGGAGAUUCAUCGUUCAAACUGCAAGAUGAACCUUCCGAUGUUGUAAAUAGUAACGAUUCUACAUUAGAGCAUAUCAGCAGUAGGGAAUCGCAUACUGGCGAUGAAGAAUACGAAGCACAUAACGAAUACAGCAGCGAUUCUGAGGAAGGCUCCGAACACGGUGGCGAAGAAGAAUGAGAAAAAUUGGAGGGGAAAUUUGGAGAACACCAAAGAGGGGGAUAAUGUUCCAAUUUUUUAUUUUCUCGUGAGGGGAAAAAUGCUAUUUUAUUUAGUAGCUUUGGAGUGUUUAAAAAAAUAUCACUCUUCAUUUAAAUUCUUUUUUUUCUUUUUCUAUUUAUA